AGUGUAUGCUGGAGUGCUGGAACGCAGAGGCCAGGAAGAGACCAACGUUUGGGCUGGUGGUGAGAAUACUGGAGAUACUCCUGGAGGGAAACAUCGCUGAGGGGCCGAAGCCGAAGCCUCGAGCUGGAGUCAAGCCGGCGUCCACGAGGAGUCGUGAGGUGGUGAGUCCUCUGGAGUACCAGAGUGUGGAGGAGUGGCUCACCAGCAUCAAGAUGCAGAAGUACACGGACAAAUUCCUGGAGUCUGGUCACACCACCGUUACCAGCUGCCUCGAGCUUACUGCUGACGACCUCACCAAGAUGGGAAUCUCACUGGCUGGUCAUCAGAACAAGAUCAUCUCCAGCAUUCGAAUAGGAAGAGAUCAGUUUCAAAGACAGGAGUCCAUUCGUGUCUAGAAUCAAUGUAACUGUGACCUGUGACUCUAGUGUGUUAAUUCGCUGCCUGUCUCUCUGUUCUUGUACAAUA